AUAAUCAAUUUUUAACCUUUGAUUUAAAUCCUUUUAUCAUCCUGAUUCAAUAUAAGUAAAACUUUAUCUAAAAAAUAUUGAAUGGAGUAGUUUUUCACUUGACAAACAGCCACUGCUUUGGAGUGCAGUGUAGAUCUACCUCCUCGUGGUGCACUCUGGACAACGUCUAGUACGGCAAAAUGAUCUACAAAUGUGUCACACAUUUGAGUUUAUAAUUCAGCAAUUUUUUCUUUUGAUGCAUUCAAAUUUUUUUUUCAAUCAUAGCUCUAUAAAUAUUUCUAUGUCAAUAAUGCAUUGUGAGCAGUAAAGGAACAUCUAAGGAUAGUUUUUGAUAAAAUGAUCAGAUGCUCAUCUUCUACUAUCACCUGAUCUUACUGUUUUAUGAAUUAGAACUUAAAUAUGCUGAUGAUUUAAUCACCAAAAGGGAAUAAAGAAGCCCAAAACAAAAUACCAAUGAAAAACUGUAUUUUGAAUUUAUAUACAUUUCUUUUUUUAUAUAUUCAUUUUCUUUGUUAAUUUUCCGAAUUUUCACUAUGAAAUUUAAGCGCUUUUAACCGUUUCUCACUAACCGUUUUCUCACUCUUUAAUUAUUUACUGUAUUCUAUUUGUGGGACUCAAAUGUUAUGUUUUCAUUCAAAUUCAUGUCAAAUAAAUUCUAUUUUUAUAUUUCAUUAGAAUGAUUAUAUUUUGGAGAAUUUAAUUCCCUUAGUUAAUUUUUGAACAUACUGUGAUUUAUUCACUCUUAAGUAUUUUUAGAACAUUAUGCUCUAUCUUAAGUUUAUUUUUUACAUAACGCUUGCAUUGAAUAAAUCAAACAGAAAAAGAAUUAUUUGUUAUGCAGAAAAUCAGUCAAGCUCCUAUUUCAUGCCCUGAGGGAUAAUAGUUGUGAAUGAGUCUUUCCCCCCUUUUUUUACAGUGAAGGCAAAAACAAAUAUUUUCUUAUAGCAUCAUCAUCGAAAUCACGACAACCCAGGAAUUCAAUUUUUUCUUCUGCAUGACAAUGGUCCUCAAGUUUUUUAAUGUUUAUUAUAUCUUUUUAUUUUUAUCAUGUAAUUUUUAUCUAAAGCUCUAUAUUUUUCAAUAAUUUCAAGGAAGAAAGUUAGUAUUUCUUCAUGUAUUAUUCUUAUAAUUUAUAUUCUUUUAUUUUGUAUUUUCUUUUAAUUUACUCUCAAAUUUCAUUGAAUCUAAUUAUGUCUAUUGAUUUAUAUGUAAGUUUUUCAAGGCAUUGUAAAAAAAUUUUUUUGCAGGGUUAUCUGUGAUCAUCUUUUUCAUCAGUAAUUUGUUUAUUCUUUAAAUUAAAUUUAUUUAAAGUUAAGCCUGCUUCGAUUCUAACAGUUGAUAAAUUUACAUAGAGUAACAAAUUAAUGGUUACAGUAAAGUAUGAUAGACCAUGGCAAAACAAACAAUUUAUGCCAUAUGAUGUUGGGUAAGAUAGUGAAAGGGGAACUGUGAGAGUAUGCCUGCUUGGUGAAAAUGAAGAAUACAAUAAAGACAAAAUAUAAACAAUCCUUAUUAUUAAAAGUUUUUCAAAAAGUGUUUACAUGAACAAAUACUAAUUGCAAUACAAUCUUUAUAUUGGUCGAAAAUAACUGUCGAAACUUUAAUCGUAACAAUAACUGUCAAAAGUUUAAUCGUAACACUAUGGAUUUACGAAGCAAAAUUUUUUACUUCACAAAAGUACCACUGGAAUCAAAAGAUUCAAGAGGCGAAGAAACACGCCCAUCCUGGAUUUUUCCUUUGUUCGCGAGGCAAUAUCUAUGUAGUUUUACUUCCCACGGCAUGCCCUUUACUUUCCAACACUGCAUUGUUAGGCAUUGAAGUUGUUUGUUUCCGCUAGUUCUUCAAGCUUUACAGCAGGGAUCAUUUGUUUUUUACAUCUUGCAUUACUUCAGUAACUCAUUAUUUUUUAGCUGUUGCUUUUGGGAACUGAGAAGUUGAUGAUUUUAAUUCAUUCUUUUAUCUCUGAGUCAUUAGUUAAAUUAUUGCUGAAUUACAUUUUAGUAAUAUCUGUAUUCAGAUGAGCAAGAAAAAUGUUUUUGUUAAAUUUAAGCAUAUAAAACUCUUUGCAGGUGCUUUCUCACAUUCUGCACAAAUUUGGAAACCGGCAGUAAGGCGAUUUCAUUUAUGUCCUUUUUGUAACUAUUCAACGAUGAAGAAGAGUCAUUUACGGGAUCAUAUAUUUACUCAUACUGGAGAACGUCCAUUUACUUGUGAAGUGUGCGGUAAAAGUUUUACUCAGAAAUCAAGCUUGAAAACUCAUUCUAUAGUACACAAUAAACAUAUCACAAGUUAUAAGACUAAAUAUUCUAAAAGUGAAUCUCUAACUUUUAAUACUUCUGCAAUAUUUCAUGCUCCAACUACUCCAUAUUUUGUCUGUCGAAUUUGUGAAUAUUGCACCACAGUUAAAACUAAUUACAAUAGGCACAUGUUAGUUCAUACAGGUGAACGUCCACAUGUAUUUAUAUUUUUUAAAAAAAAUUUCUUUUUCAUUCUAGGAUACAAAAUUGUAAACUCUAAAAUUUCUUCAAUAUCAUUUCUAAAACCUCGCCGGACCACUACGCAUCAGUGUUCAACGUGUGGAUUUUCCACCACUUAUAAACAUGCUUUUAAGCGGCAUAUGUAUCUUCAUACUGGUGAGCGUCCAUAUGUUUGUAAUGUUUGUGGCAAAGGCUAUACAGAAAAAGCUGAUUUAAAAAGGCAUUUUUUGACUCAUUCAGGGAAACGUCCAUUUGAGUGUUCUGUGUGUGGUAAACGUUUCAAUCAAAAGUCACAUUUGAAGUCACAUUUAUUCAUAAUUCACGCUUCUAAACAAUUAAAAUAAUGCAUCAAGGCUCAUUUGUGUGUUAUUGUUAAGAGUUGUAAGAUUCCAAGAUGUGUUUACAUAAUUAUUUAUGUGGAUGUGUAUACAAAGAAUGAAUUUAGAAUAUUUGUAUUAAAAUUUUUGGUGUUU